CACCCUGGCAGUGGUUGACAUUCUAGACCAUCAAAAUGUCUAAUUCAGUAAUCUCCGUGAUUUCAAGAUUCUUGGAAGAAUAUGCAAACAGUACAUCAAAUAAGUUAAAAGUUGUGGAUGCCUAUCUCCUGUACAUCCUGCUAACGGGUGCUUUACAGUUUCUCUACUGCUUGCUGGUUGGCACCUUCCCUUUCAACAGUUUUUUAUCUGGCUUCAUAUCGUGCGUUGGAUCCUUUAUUCUAGCAGUCUGCCUACGUAUCCAGAUCAACCCACAGAACAAAGGCGAGUUCCUGUCCAUUUCUCCCGAGAGAGCUUUUGCAGACUUUCUCUUUGCCCACACAGUGCUUCAUCUUGUUGUCAUCAAUUUCAUUGGUUGAAGAAAACCCACUGUUGUGGUGGGUCAGGUGGGUAGCAGAGUAAUGACCAAACCUAUAUCAUUUCAAGCCAGCAUCAGAAGACCAGCAUUCAUGAUCUGUGUGAAUGUUGAUCUAAAGUGUUAUUGUACGUUACUCAAAGAGAGGUAUCAGGCCACCCAAUACUUUUUCACCAUCUGAAACUAGCGAUAAUCAAUAAUAAAACAGGGAUAACCCUUAAUGCUAUUUUAAACAUUACAACCCAACUGCACCUGUGUUUAAACCAGAAAUAUUAAUUAUGAAAACGUAAUCUCUAGUUUCAUUCAAAAGAAAUUGCAGUACCUGUGUUGCUGAACUUUUUUAUGUUGUUUAUUUUGUUUUGUUUCGAAACAUAACUUUUUUGCUGCGUUGUGGCCGCACUUGUUAAUGUCAAAAG